AAAUUGAAAUCAACCCAGAAAUCCCGGAAAACAGAGACCGCCGCAAGCGGAGAAAUGACGGCAGCCACGACGACGGGGAAGCUGGUCUACAAAGUAUAUAGAACACUGACCUACGGUCUAUCACCGUUGCUUCACCUCCACCUGCGGUGGCGCAAGCUCCGGGGCCUCGAGCACCCCAUGCGUUGGCCGGAGCGAUUGGGACUCCCCUCCCUCCCCCGCCCUUCUGGCCCGCUCGUCUGGUUCCAUGCCGUUUCUUUAGGAGAAGGAAUGGCUGCGAUUCCUGUAAUCAAGCAUUGCAAACAGUGCCGGCCGGAUGUGAACAUUUUGAUGACAACAACAACUCUAUCUGCAUUUGAGGUAAUAAAGAGUCGACUUCCAGCUGAAGUUAUUUAUCAGUUUGCUCCGGUUGAUAUCCCUGCUGCCAUUGAUGCUUUCCUUGGGUAUUGGAAGCCAAGUGCAAUUGUGUUAAUGGAGAGUGAGCUAUGGCCAAACCUUAUAAUGGGUGCUUCAAAAAAUGGAACAGCCCUGGCAUUGUUAAAUGCGCGGUUAUCCAUGAAAUCCUUCAAAAGAUGGUCAAGACCACUGCUUUUUCCACUAAUAUCAUUGUUGCUGUCAAAAUUUUCCUUGAUUGUUCCUUUGAGCUCUAUUCAGGGAAUCCACUUUCAACUACUGCAAGCUCCACCUUUUGUCAUCAACUUUUCCGGUGACCUAAAAUAUGCGGUGGAUGAAUGUGAACUUUCUAUGGAAGAGGUUGGCAGUAUGGAAGAACUGAAGGUACAGCUUGCUCACAAACGUAUCUGGAUGGCUGCUUCAAUUCACAGAGGUGAAGAAGAAAUAAUAUUAGGAGUUCACAAGGCGCUGGUGCGACAUCACCCUGAUAUUAUUACCAUUAUUGUUCCUCGACAUCCACAUCAUGGACAAAAGAUAGCUCGAGCACUUCAGAAAGAAGGUCAACAAGUAGCUCUAAGGUCUCAAUGUGAAAAGCUCAUUCCAGGAACAAGUGUAUAUGUGGUGGACACCUUAGGUGAACUAAGGUACAUGUAUAAGUUAACUCCAAUAGCUGUAAUUGGAGGUUCUUUCCUUCCUGGUUUUGCUGGACAUAAUAUAUCGGAAGCAGCUGCAGCAGGCUGUGCUGUUUUGACUGGUCCUCACAUUGGGCAUUUCUCACACAUGGUGCUAGAAAUGCAACACUUAAACCCAUUUUCAGUUUUGCAGGUCUCUGGAAAGUUAGAGCUUGAAGACGUUCUCAGCAAGCUCUUUAGUGAUGCCAAAAUUCUGGAAUCACGACAAAAGGCUGCAAAAGAGGCUUUUUGUGCCUUGUCAAGCAGUAUCCUUGCCAAUGUUUGGAAUCUACUGAAUUUCCAUGUUUUUGGGAAGGUUUCAAAAUUAGAAAAUAAAUGAAGAUUAGCCUGGGAGAAGUAAAUGUUUAAAAAGUUCACAGAUGCUCUAGCAUCAUAUCACUUGAUAAACUGAUGGCAUGUGGUACUAUGAAAUCUUCUGAUGCAAUUAGCUCAGGUCAAGGCAUGGAACCCCAUUCUGUGAGUAUAUUGAAGGUCUCAUUAUGGUGAUGCUAGGGGAUAAAUUUGGCAACCACUCGGACCUGUUGCUGUCACAUACAUGCUGCUGCUGUUGAUUCUCCACUCUCCAGCACAUCAGUCUUCUCACAGACACAUGAAGAGGUCUUGAUUCCCUCCACGAGCUCCCACAACUGGUUUUUCUCCAUUUACAUCCCAGGUUAACAGGCUGACGUUUGUGCCACAAUCUAGUGAAUGAACACUUGCUUUGAAGAGACCCUCAUCACAAUGAAUAGCCCGGGAACCAUCUUUAUAGGUACCAUACUCUUCAUAUACUUGGUCUAGCAGCUGAGAAAAAACCAGCUUGUUUGCAUAAUCUGUCUUCUAUGACAACCACUAGCCAGGUUCUGCAACAAUAACAGCUUGGUGGCUUUGAGGGACAUCCUUGGGAGUUUCUUCUUGCUGCCUGCCGCAAGCUUUUGCCACAUGUAAGUCACUCUUCUGAGCUUCAUGAUGUUAAAGAUGUUGCCUCUAGUUCCAAAUCUCUUCAAGGAGCAAUGCACCAAGGUUCCUGUUCAUCUAGGCCACUGAUCCAAUAUAUAAUGUUAAAGAUGUCACAUAACCCCUGCAUAAGUUUCCCACAUGAUUUAUCGGGUUAUGGGCUUAAUUUAAAUAGAAAUACUGAUGUUCUUCAGUCUGAUAACUGUAUUUCAUGAAUUGAGCUAACUCAACUGUCUUGGUGUGUUAUUGCAAAUGCAGCCGUGCUUGCUGUUAAGGGGUUUUCAGGAGUGGUUCUGAUACAAUGUCAUUGGGUAAAUCGCUUCCGAUCAUUUAAAUCAAAUGGUUCUGAUACC